UGAUAUUCUAAAUGUAAAGAUUCUCAUUAAAUAUGAAUUAUUUCCCCGUCAGGUUAUGGUGAACAAUGCAUACAAUGUCUGGGACGGAACAGAGAAGACUGCGAUGUUAAAGAAACAGUGGAGUGUGGAGACGUCGGGUGCAUGGCCAUAUCAGAAAACUAUACUGUGGAAAAUCUCAGCUUUCCAUCAAAGCUAAUGGGCUGCGCCGAAGAGGAACUGUGCAAUAAAAUUAUAAAAUUCAACACUGACCAUGAAAUGGACAUUCACGCCUACGCGAAAUGCUGCAAAGGUAAUCUCUGCAACGAGAACAUCCCGUAUUCAUUUCCUCCCAAGUGUAAACUCAAUGGUAAAUACUGCGAAUCUUGCUUCGCGAAAAACACUAAAGGGGAGUGCGUUUCUUCAAAGAAGAUAGAGUGCCGCGGGAAUCAACAUAAAUGCCAUUCGUAUGCAGGAACGGUGGAGAGACCAGAUCUCUCUGUUAUGGAUUACAGUGUUAAGGGCUGCAUGAGCGACUUGGGAUGCAUUAUGAAGUUUGGAUCUCUGAUUGGCGUCAAGCAACUGGAGGAAAGAGUUUUUAAGUGUUCUGAAGCAUUGGAUUGAAUGUUCUGCUAAUUAAUACCAGCUUAUUGCGGUGCUUGCCCAGAAAAUCAGAAAAUACUAAAUAAGACCUACAUCGCUGCCUGCAACAUGAAAAG